UCGGAGCUGGGAGAAGUUCACUCCGAUCAGCUGAUCCCAACUGACAACAGGAGAGGAGGAAGCCCGGGAGGCAACGAAGGAGGAGGGAGGAGGAGAUGGAGGAGAUGAGGAUGGAUCCACCGGUGCCCUGAGAAACAUCCCCCGCCCCCACCGGCGUCCCGCGGCCCCAGGACGCGUCCUCGCUGCGGCCGAAGGCAUCCCUGGAAGUAUUGACUUGAGGCUGGAUUCAACUGGAAGGCUGCUGGCCAUUCAGGCCCCACCAGCACAAGCGAUGAGCUUCUGUGCAGGAAUUCCUCAGACAUAGCCAUCUAAGAGCCUGUCAAGUUCAUUCUCACAACCUAUUUGCCUGCACUGCCUGCUGCAGGCAACUACCAGAUCAAUUCGACCGAGUCACCGUUGCUGCUGAUGCAAGAGUCUUGGAAGCUGAAAAGUACAAGCCCCAACAGUAGUGGGAGCCUGAAGCCCUGUAACCCAACCCUGGUGCAAGUUCCCUUUCAGGUCCUCAGCACCCUGUGGACGUGCUGUGCUGUCCCAAGCCUCAGCUGACUGUUGUGUGGUGGGAUCAGGUGCUUGCCAAGCCAAGGAUGAGUGCGCAGACCUCCAUAGCUGAGAAGGGCCUGAACCCUAGGCUGAUGUGCCAGGAGAGCUACGCGUGCAGUGGAGCGGAUGAAGCAGUCUUUGAGUGCGAUGAGUGCUGUAGCCUGCAGUGUCUGCGCUGUGAGGAGGAGCUACACCGGCAGGAGCGCAGGCGCAACCAUGAGCGCAUCCGCCUCAAGGCUGGCCACGUGCCCUACUGUGACCACUGUAAGGGCCCCAAUGGGCAUUCGCCAGGGGGCCGCCAGAGGGCCGCAGUGAGGUGCCAGGCCUGCAAAAUCAACUUGUGCCUGGAAUGCCAGAAGAGGACUCAUUCCACAAGUAACAAGAGAAGGCAUCCCAUUACCGUGUAUCUUGCCGGCAAGGCCCAGGAGUCUCUGGAGGCAGAGGAGAUGGAUGAGGAGACCAAGAGGAAGAAGAUGACUGAGAAGGUUGUGAGUUUCCUCCUAGUUGAUGAAAAUGAAGAAAUUCAGGUAACGAACGAAGAGGACUUUAUUAGGAAAUUGGACUGUAAACCUGAUCAGAAUCUAAAGGUGGUUUCCAUUUUUGGAAAUACUGGCGAUGGGAAGUCUCAUACCCUCAACUACACCUUUUUUUAUGGCCGUGAAGUCUUCAAAACCUCCCCUGCCCAGGAGUCCUGCACCGUGGGAGUGUGGGCAGCCUAUGACCCUGUCCACAAGGUGGCAGUGAUAGACACAGAGGGGCUCUUAGGGGCAACUGUGAACCUCAGCCAGAGAACGCGACUGCUGCUUAAGGUGCUGGCCAUCUCAGACCUUGUCAUCUAUCGAACUCACGCCGAUCGGCUGCACAAUGACCUCUUUAAGUUCCUUGGGGACGCCUCUGAAGCUUACCUGAAGCACUUUACCAAGGAGCUCAAGGCCACCACUGCCCGCUGUGGCCUGGAUGUCCCCUUGUCUACCUUGGGCCCUGCCGUUAUCAUUUUCCAUGAGACCGUGCACACUCAGCUCCUGGGCUCAGACCACCCCUCGGAGGUGCCAGAGAAGCUCAUCCAGGACCGCUUCCGGAAGCUGGGCCGCUUCCCAGAAGCCUUCAGCUCCAUUCACUACAAGGGGACGAGGACUUACAAUCCUCCCACCGACUUCUCAGGCCUGCGGCGUGCUUUGGAACAGCAGUUGGAGAACAAUACCACUCGCUCUCCCCGGCACCCGGGGGUCAUCUUCAAAGCAUUGAAGGCCCUGAGCGACCGCUUUAGCGGAGAGAUCCCCGAUGACCAGAUGGCACACAGCUCCUUCUUUCCCGAUGAGUACUUCACCUGCUCUUCCCUGUGCCUCAGCUGUGGGGUUGGAUGUAAGAACAGCAUGAACCAUGGUAAGGAAGGAGUGCCUCACGAAGCCAAGAGCCGCUGCAGAUACUCCCACCAGUAUGACAACCGAGUUUACACCUGCAAGGCCUGCUAUGAGAGAGGCAAGGAAGUCAGCGUGGUGCCCAAGACGUCUGCCUCCACUGACUCACCCUGGAUGGGUCUCGCCAAGUACGCCUGGUCUGGGUAUGUGAUUGAGUGUCCUAACUGUGGCGUGGUCUAUCGCAGCCGGCAGUACUGGUUUGGGAACCAGGAUCCUGUGGACACGGUGGUGCGGACCGAGAUCGUGCACGUGUGGCCAGGAACUGAUGGGUUCCUCAAGGACAACAACAAUGCAGCCCAGCGCCUCCUGGACGGCAUGAACUUCAUGGCGCAGUCCGUGUCCGAGCUGAGCCUCGGGCCCACCAAGGCUGUGACCUCCUGGCUCACCGACCAGAUUGCACCUGCCUACUGGAGGCCCAACUCCCAGAUCUUGAGCUGCAACAAGUGUGCAACGUCCUUUAAAGACAAUGACACUAAGCACCACUGCCGGGCCUGUGGGGAGGGCUUCUGCGACAGCUGUUCCUCCAAGACGCGGCCAGUGCCCGAGCGGGGCUGGGGCCCCGCACCUGUGCGGGUGUGUGACAACUGCUACGAAGCCAGGAACGUGCAGUUAGAUGUUUCAGAGAUGCAGGUGGACGAUGAAGGCGGAACACUGAUAGCCCGGAAGGUGGGUGAAGCUGUGCAGAACACCUUGGGAGCCGUGGUGACAGCCAUGGACAUACCACUAGGGCUCUCUCAAGGAGGCAAGGGCUCCCCUUGGCACAGAUGGCUGUCAGCCCUACUCACCAUGUGCUCCCCAGCUAGUGUGUCAAACCCGUUACUACUUAUGAAGCUCGUAGCAGAUGUCAGAGGGCUGGUGAAAGAUGCUGCCCGGCCGGCGUACUGGGUGCCUGACCAUGAGAUCCUGCACUGCCACAACUGCCGGAAGGAGUUCAGCAUCAAGCUCUCCAAGCACCACUGCCGGGCCUGCGGGCAGGGCUUCUGUGAUGAUUGCUCCCACGACCGCCGGGCUGUCCCCUCGCGUGGCUGGGACCAUCCUGUCCGGGUCUGCUUCAACUGCAAUAAAAAGCCCGGUGACCUCUAACCCCCGCUCCCUUUCCGAGUGCUUCACAAUUCCUUAGGUUCUCAGGGUUAGAAGUGGAAGUCCUGUCGAGUUAGGCCCACCUGUCACUCACCUGGCUGUGUCCCCACCUCUGCUUGUCCUGGGCCACUUGCUGUGGGCUGGGGGUGAGCCUGUCAGCAGGCAGAAAGGCAGCAGGCCUUCCUGGCAGGGGACCGAGCGGCAAAGGGGAAUGAACCCGAAUCUGCAUACAUUGAAGUUACAAAUACUAAAAGAGAUCAACAUCUUGCUUGUUCCCUCUGCACCUUUGUGCUGUGCUCUGUGUCGGGGAAAGUGGCAGAGGCUUCUCCCUCCCUGCUUCUGAGCUGCCCGGUGAGGUGAGGUCAGUGUGUGGUGGGUCAGCCCCGAGAAGGCAGCAGGCAUGAGCCUGCCCUCCCUUGAAGGCCUGGGCCUGCCCCAGUAGCAUCGCCUGCCCCUUGCCGCUUCUGUCUCUGCUCUGCUUCCCCAUGAGGCUGCACCCUUCCACACCUGCUCUGGGCCCUCUCAGCUUCUGAGUGCUGCACUACAGUUUUCACUGCAUAGUUUCAAGUGUCUUAAACCUUCAUUCCCAGAGACAGCAUCCCUUUGGCUAUUGGAGGGGUGACUGUGCGAAGCCUUCCAGGCAAACAGAGCACAGAACGGACUGUUAGUUGUUUUUGCAGCGUAUGUCCUGCAUUCAGCCACCUUCAAGAACAUACCCUCUCUUCCUUGCAAGUGAAGUCAGAUGAACUUUGGCUUUCACUUUGAGCUUGGGCACCCUGAGCUGCUGUGAUUUCAAAGACUGUUGUGUUGAAAUCCUGUGACAGCAACCAUGGAACUGAUGGGUGGGGCGAGCCUCAGGGCGCUAUCUGUGUGCGCUUGUGGUGGAGCCCAGGGUGCUGGUCCUUAGCACACCUGCUCCUUGCCACCUCCUAUGGCCCAAGGACUGACCCUACCCUAGAACUGUGUUGUAAGGUUCUCAUUAUAAAUGAACUUCCUGCCAA